AUGGAUUCCACAGCACCAUUAUUGGGACCUAACUCAAGACAGACUGCUCUGUCUACGUACUCUGCUGCAAAGAGAGACUUAAUAUAUGUAUGCGCAUCAUCUCCAUUGCAUCUUUUGCUGAUAUUUGUGCCUCUAGGUAUCAUUUGGGGUUAUAUGGAGUUGUCGCACACUUGGACAUUUGUUUUCAAUUUCUUAGCUAUCAUACCAUUGGCUGCAAUCCUAGCUCAUGCCACAGAAGAAUUGGCUGACAAAGCAGGUAGCACUAUCGGUGGUUUAUUGAAUGCUACUUUCGGUAACGCCGUCGAACUAAUUGUCUCAGUGAUCGCUUUGAAAGAGGGCCAAGUCAGAAUUGUUCAAGCCUCCAUGCUUGGUAGUUUGCUCUCUAACUUGCUUUUGGUCCUAGGUUUCUGUUUCUUAUUUGGUGGUUACAACAGAAUCCAACAAACUUUUAACCAAACAGCAGCUCAGACUAUGUCCUCUCUAUUGGCCAUCUCAUGUGCUUCGCUAUUGAUUCCAGCUGCCUUUAAAGCUACUUUGCCUCACGGUAAGGAAGAUUGGAUUGUUGAUGACAAAAUUCUACACCUGUCUAGGGGCACCUCAUUGAUCUUGCUUAUGAUAUAUGUCCUAUUCUUGGUAUUCCAACUUGGUAGCCAUCAUGCCAUGUUUGAACAACAACACGAGGAAACCGAUGAAGUCGUUAGCGAACUCUCCAUCAAACCACACCAGAGUCUGUCCAUCAGAUCAUCUCUUUGGUUCUUGCUCCUUUCAACUGUCAUUGUCUCUAUUUGUGCUGACUACUUGGUUGGCACUAUCGACAACGUUGUGGAGUCUACUGGGUUGUCUAAGACUUUCAUCGGUUUGAUUGUUAUUCCAAUCGUUGGUAACGCAGCCGAACAUGUAACUUCAGUCAUGGUUGCUAUGAAGGACAAGAUGGACCUUGCUAUCAGUGUUGCCAUCGGCUCCUCACUACAGAUCGCCCUGUUCGUCACCCCAUUCAUGGUCCUUGUCGGCUGGUGGAUCGAUGUCCCAAUGACUUUGAACUUCUCUACAUUCGAAACCACAACAUUGUUCAUCGCAGUGUUCUUGUCAAACUACUUGAUUUUAGACGGUGAGUCCAACUGGCUAGAAGGUGUGAUGUCUCUGGCCAUGUACGUCCUGAUCGCCAUGGCCUUCUUCUACUACCCUGAUGUGAUGGCUGAUGCCGCCUGA